AUGGCUAUGGCUUCGUUCUUAAGCGAAGUAAGCCACAAUUCUGAUGUCAAAACACGAUACUACUACCAUGGUGACCGAUUUCGAACCUAUCAAUCGAGCGCAACGAAACUAAACACAAGCACACGUGCGACAGGAUGUCCCUUCAAGUUGGUCAUUUUCAAGGUGAAGCACAGCGAGCAAUGGAAGCUGGGGGUUCUAGACAAGCACCACAACCACUCCCGAUCAAUCAAUCCUAGCGCGCACGACGUGUACCGCAAGCGCACCACGGCACAGAAGGAAGUGAUCGAGUUGAUGACCCACGCGGGGGCGCGGCCGAUGCAGAUUCUCGCUGCAAUUCAAAGUGAAGACCAAGACACACUGAUCUCUGCCACCGACAUCCGCGGUGAGAGAAAGACGAUCAGAGAGAGACAUUUAGAUGGAAGGAGUCCGAUAAAGGCACUGCUAGACGAUCUAUCCACGGCAGACUGGGUUUUCGCUGUCAAGAAGGACGAUAACAAUCGCAUCCAGAACCUCUUCUUCGCCCAUCACAAGUAG